AUGACUUCGUUGCUGCAACGUCCGCCGCAUAAAUUCCCAUUAUUGAAACUUCCAUUUCUGGCAAUGGAAAACGUUUUUUUAUGUAUGACUCAUUUGGAACUAGUCGACAUCUCUCUGUGCUCGAAAAAGUGCAAAAAUUUGGUGAAGUCCGGACGAAAACGACCAUCGACCUAUUUGGACAUCGAACUCAAUUGGAUUCAGCUGCAGAUUUAUUUGUAUGAUGCGAAUGACGAGGAUAUUGUGUCUGUCUGGGAUUUCAGCAAACGAGUAGUAAGGAAUAGGAAAAGCGUGCAGUGGUGGAAGUUGAAUGGGCUGGAAGGAUACACAAAAAAACAAAGAGGCAAUGAACGUCACUACCAAUGCACUACAAAACAACCACUGGAAACCUCAAUGGCCACCGUCAUUUCCUAUUUUUUCGAAUUAUUUCCAGACUGUUAUGUGAAAAACAUGACGCUCCAAUUUAUGUACAAUGAUUCACAGUGUCUACUACCAGUGUUAGCCGCGGUGAAAACUGUAGAAAACUUGAAAACGCACAACUACGAUCGCAUAGAUCACAUUAAGAACAUCUUGCCGCACGUCACGAUCACCAAAGCUUUUCAGACAAACUAUAAUGUGUGUAAGAAUCCUUUGGUUUUGGAGAGCCUAGCAUGUACAGAAAUUAUCUACUGUGACAACGCUAGAUGGUUGUCCCCUGAGACAUUUAUGACAUUAAACUGUAAACUUGUGGGAUUGAUGAAAGCAAGAUUAACGGUAGAGGACAUUAUGAGCUACUUCAAGAAAUGGAAGAAUUCGACGGGAGACGAAAUGAACAGACUGCAACACAUGUUCAUUAUCUCAGAAGAUAUUGAAAUCGGUCAAGGAGUGUUCAAUGUUCUGGAGGAGCUUGGUGCUACUGCUUGGGAUCCAGUAAAGAGAGCACGGUAUUUUAAAUAUCCAGAAGGUGACUUCAUAGACUGUCAAACCGGUAUGGACAUCGAAAGAACUGAUGGUCUCCUGGCCUCAAUUAUGCUACCCACUAAAAAAAAAGUUAGCAUUAUUGUUUGGAAGGAUCGAUUUCCGGAGCAACCUAUUCGCCAAUGA